CAGAGCAGCGGCGCCGGGGAGGGCCGGGGGCGGCACGUGCGGCGGCGGUUGAGGGCUGUGCCUGGGGGGAGGAAAAAGACCUGUGCCCGUUUCAUAGAAGCUGCUGACCGCUCACCAAUAUGGUAGUUUUCACAUGCGAUGCGUGUGGAGAAUCUGUGAAGAAGGCACAAGUUGAAAAACACGUGAACUUCUGCAGAAACUGUCAGUGUCUUUCUUGCAUGGAUUGUGGCAAGGAUUUCUGGGGUGAUGAUUAUAAGGGACACGUGAAGUGCGUGAGUGAAGACCAGAAAUAUGGUGGAAAAGAUUUUGAAGCCAAAACUAACAAAGGAGAUGCUAAACAACAGGAGUGGAUUCAGAAAAUACAUCAAAUAAUGAAGAAGCCAAACAUAAGCCCUAAAGUGCGGAGCAUUCUGGAGCAAAUGCGUGUCUUUGAUAAUAUUCCAAGAAAAAAAGUAAAGUUUCAGAAUUGGAUGAAGAACAGUUUGAGAAUUACUGACAGCACUUUGCAAGACCAGGUGUGGGAUAUUUUCUCUGAAGCAACAAGAAAUAUUUCAAGUGAAAAAGAACAAGACAAACCACAACAGAAGGAAGAGGGGCAGUCUGCAGAAACGGGGGAAAAAACAAUGGCAGAAGAAAAUGGAAUUACAGAUGAUAAAAUUGAGAGGAAAAAGAAUAAGAGAGAACGAAAAGAAGAGAGACAAAAGAACAAAAAGAAGGAGAAAAAAGACUUGAAAUUAGAAAACCAGUCAGAAGCAAAAAAGAGUAAAAAGUCCAAAAAAGGAAAGGAGAGUUCGGAGAAUGAAAUAAAUGGAAAUGGCCUUCAGAGUGAAAUAGAAGAAACAAAUGUAAAGAAACGCAAACACAGACAUGCAGAAGAGGAACCUCAUAUCACAACAAAGAGAAUGAAAACUGAAAACAUUUCGGAAGACAUGGAAACAGAAAACACCAAUGGCAACGAAGAAAAUGUGGGAACAGAUAAAGGUAAAUUCAACUGGAAGGGAACCAUCAAAGCUGUUCUGAAACAGGCUCCAGACAAUGAAAUUUCAAUUAAAAAAUUAAGAAAAAAGGUUAUAGCUCAGUAUUACGCAGUAGCUGGUGAACAUCACAAAUCAGAAGAGGAUAUUCUAGUCAUAUUUAACAAGAAAGUGAACAACAAUCCCAAAUUUAAAGUUCUAAAGGACAAAGUUAAACUCCUGAAAUAAGAGUUUGCAUACUUUUCAUAACCUAUGCGUUUUAAUCUUGCAGAGUCAGAUUCUUCUGUCAGCUGUUCAAAUAUCAUGCAUUGGUCUCAAUUCAAAUUGUGUAUGUGAGAGCAGAAUUUAACUUUUAAGACUAUAUUCCUCCUCUUUUUUCUAGAUUUAUCACAUAACAUUUUCAGAUAUUUUAUUUUUUGAUUUUAUGGAAAAUGUAUAUCUUUUGGUACAAGUUUUAAGAGACAUUGAAAAUAAUUGCUGCCUACUGUAUUAAAAUUCUUCUGAUAAUGGAUAUAAUUUAUAGGUAUGAAUGUUUAUCAGGACCUGGAUUGUGUGGAUUUUUGCAGAAACUAUUGUAAGAGCAAAUAGGAUUUUCGUACUCAAAAACACACCAUGGAAUAAAUGUUUUGUUAUGCUAAAAUUCAAAA